UAACACGUUCAUGCCCUUCUCCCGAAAGCUGUGGCAGGUUCUUCUCCAUAAAGAGGCUUGAUGGCUGAGCAAAUCACUCAUCCCAGGCUUCAUCUCUAAUCCUCCAUUACUAGCCACCAAGUUCUUGGUGUGGAAGAUGAGGAGCGCUGGCCUUGUUGUGGCCUUCCUGGCCUUGGUGUUUCUUGUCAGCCUCUCCGCUGCCCGAGAGGACCCUGAUAUCUUCCUGCCAAGCCAAGGAAUCGGAGAGGAGGUAGGGGGAGAGAAGCCAUGGGCGUGCUGCGACAGUUGCUCGUGCACGAAGUCGAUCCCGCCGCAGUGCCGGUGCACCGACCAGUUGAUCGGAGGUUGCGACCCCAACUGCAAGACCUGCAUCUGCACAAGGUCGUACCCGCCCAAAUGCCGCUGCUACGACAUCAUCAACGACUACUGCGGUGAGCGAUGCAACCCGGAGCAGUAGCGCCCCCGACGGCCGCUCCCCGCAGCUUUCGUGCCGCCGCUGCAUGCGUGAUGCAUGGAUUUGCUGGAAUAACAGAGGAGAUUGUUCGUAGUAUCUUCUCUGCACCUGAUGUCGCUGGUAUAACCUUCCGUGUGAGUGUUAUCCGGCUGCUAAAUAAUUCACGCAAGGCAGCGGUUUGGUGUUCAUUGGUGCUUUGUUUCUCCAACACCGAUGUGUAUGAAGAAAAUUACCGAGACCUAA